UUUUAGUGUUUGUUGUUGGAGAUGCUCUAACGUUUCCGGAGGCCGACAUGGAGCGUGGCCGCAGCAGCACCUCUUGCCGGUCCUUGCUGCUCCUCCUCCUGGUCUGCUUCUCCCACGGCGCCGGGGCGGCGGCGGCGGCUCGGCUCCUGACUCCACUGCAGGCAGCUGCUGCCGUUCCUCCUCCUCUGGCUCUUCACCAAGCGGAGAGUAAUGGCGCCACGGCGGCAGCUGCCGACGACGGCCUCGUGAUGACUCAGGAAGGUGACGCUGACGCCACGAGCAAUGGCAACGACGACGACGAGAUCUCCUCCGUCUCAGAGUCAGAGACGAUGACGGGCGCAGAGGAGGCGUGUGGGACGGAGGGCAACGACGAGGAGGAGUGCCUGCAGAGGCGGCUGCUCGGAGACGCGCACCUCGACUACAUCUACACGCAGCACAAGGGCAAGCCGUGAGCCGAGCCCGUGACCAAUGCAUCUCGGCCUCGGCCUCGCCGGUUUGCAUGGAUGGCUUGGUUUGUUCAGAGUGCGUACAUUACAUGCAUGCUGCUGGGAAGAAGUCGAUGACAGACGAUCCAUCAGGCUGCUGGGAUCGAAUCUAGUGUGUGCGUGUUAGCUGUUGCAUGACAUGAAUCUCUCUCUUUCUGUGUUUGGUUGUUUUCUCACUGAUGACUGAUGUAUAUAGGCCGGCCGGUGCGCGGUGUGCAA